GCCUUUCACGGUUCGGAUUCGAGGCUUCCGGCGGUACCGUAACUGAAAAAACUAUGCCUGGUCCAUGCAAUCUCAAGAAGAGGAAGAAGCUACAAGUGAAGAAAGGGAGGAAAUGCAGCUCAGUACACACCGCUCUAGACGACGAGCACGCCAAUCUUGCGUCGGCUGUCGAUAUCUCGACAUACGACAUCCUAGCAUCCUCCGUAAUGCCUGAGGAAAAUUACGGUCCUCGCGAGGAGGAGGGCUAUGGAGAUGGAAUUGUUCCACAAAUGCCCUACAUACACGAUCCCGGUAACGGGCCCCGCGUUCGGGACACACGCGCCUUCUUAUCAUCGUUCUUCGCCCAGCCGCCAACGCUAGAUGACCCUUUAUGCGCAGAGUUUGCUCAAGAUGAGGUGUUGCAAAUGCUAUGCACUGUUUUACCUGACGAAACUGCCCUCAUACUCUGGUAUAACAAGAGCAGAGCGACAGGACGAAUUUGUCCUGCGUGCCGUAGAUUGUACUGCCUUGGGGAUGUUUUACCCGAUCUUAUUGAAGAUGGGCUCAAAAGUCCUCCCCAGCGUUCUCCGCUUUUAACCAGUGAACAGAAGAUCAGUGGCCUCUGCUCUCCUGUCUGUUUUAUUCUGGCUUCAUUUGAAUAUCCUGGGGCCAUCAAGACUACUUGGGGUAGGAUAGCCGAAGAUAUGGAUGAUUAUACGUGGCAAUUAUUGAAUGGCCCUGGACAAGGGAGUGGUGAUAUGGGUCUCAGUCUAUUACUUAAGAUGACUAGGCUUGAUGAUCUGGGUCUCGGUCAGCUAUGUCUUCCGGAAGUUGACUUUGAUUCAGGCUGGGAAGAGCUACAAGCCUAGCUAACCUGGCUGUGCAUAUAUAGACAAACGAUAUAAUUCCCGGACUAUUAAUUCGCUUUCGAAGUUAUCUUGCUUUUUUUGUAUACCCAGUCGUUUAUAUAUUUACAGGAUAUCUAUGGUCGUAUUUAUCAGGGGCCACAAUUUCAACCGUGAUACAUCAUAUUCAUGGUAUUCGUUAUGGAGGGUCCCGCAUAUAUCAUACAGUGCACUUCGGCUCACCGAUCAACGGGAUCACAACGUGAACCAU